AUGGAUUUUACCUUGAAUUCCGAAGACAGUAACUUAUGGAUGUUUUUACUCCCAGCCAUUAUCAAAACACCAUAUUUUAACCACCAUUUAUUUUUACUCUUCAUCCUUCUCACACUUUUUACUCUCCUUCUUCUAAUUUGGGCCCUUCCUCGCGGCGGUUUAGCCUGGAAAAACGGCCGCAAUCAAAUGGGCCAAGUCCAAAUUCCCGGGCCCAAAGGUCUACCAAUAUUCGGCAGCUUAUUCAGCUUAAGCCACGGCUUACCCCAUCGAACACUAGCUUCCAUGGCUUUCAGCCGUGGAACAAGAACAAUCCAGCUAAUGGCUCUAAGCCUCGGCUCAACUCCAGCUGUUGUAGCAUCCGAACCACAGAUUGCCCGUGAAAUCCUAACUUCACCCCAUUUCGCCAACCGUCCGAUUAAAUCAUCGGCUCGUCAGCUCAUGUUUAGCCGGGCCAUUGGGUUUGCUCCUAAUGGACCAUACUGGAGACAACUAAGGAGAAUAGCGUCAACCCAUUUGUUUUCACAGAAGCGCAUUUUAGCACAUGAGCAUGGGCGUAUGCUAGAUUGUGCAGAUAUGGUGAAAGGGAUAAAUGAAGAACAGGGGAGUAAUGGAUUUGUGGAAUUGAGAAAACAUAUUCAGAUUGCUUCGUUAAAUAGCAUGAUGGGUAUUGUUUUUGGGAAGAAGUAUGAGAGAGGGAGUGAAGAAAUUAAGGAAUUGAAUGAGAUUGUUAGAGAAGGAUUUGAACUUUUGGGGGGGUUUAAUUGGUCUGAUCAUCUUCAAUGGGUUGAGAAUUUGUAUGAUCCGAUUAGGGUUCAUCAACGUUGCUCGGCACUGGUUAUUCGUGUGAGAAGUCUCAUUGUUAAGAUUAUUGAAGAACAUGUUAGGUUUAUUAAUGGCGGCCACCAUGAUAAUAAGUUAUCAGAUUUGUCUGAAAAAAGCUUUGUUCAUGUGUUGCUCUGUUUGGAAGGUGAAGAGAAGCUUGAGGAAGAAGAUAUGGUGGCUGUUUUAUGGGAAAUGAUAUUUCGUGGGACAGACACAACGGCUUUAUUAACUGAAUGGGUUAUGGCCGAAUUGGUUUUAAACCGAACCGUUCAAUCAAAGCUUAAAACCGAGAUCCAAUCGCAACCCAUUAAUGGAAUUGACCUAUCCAAGUUACCAUAUUUGCAAGCCGUUGUGAAAGAGACUCUUCGGGUUCACCCGCCCGGCCCGCUCCUUUCCUGGUCCAGACUAUCCAUAUCUGAUGUUUGCGUCAGCAACGGUAUGGUCAUUCCAGCUGGCACAACGGCUAUGGUUAAUAUGUGGGCCAUAUGUCACGACCCAACCAUAUGGUCCGACCCAUUCGUUUUUAAACCGGAGCGGUUUCUUCCGGAGGCGGGUGGUGCCCAUGUAGAUGUGAGGGGGAGCGACAUGAGACUUGCCCCGUUUGGGGCAGGGCGUCGUGUCUGCCCCGGGAAGAACCUUGGGCUUGCUACGGUUAGCCUAUGGGUCGCGGAGUUGGUGAGAAAUUUCGAAUGGGGAGAAGAGAAAACCCGACCCGUAGACCUAAGUGAAGUGCUUAAGUUGUCUUGUGAGAUGGAAAAUCCUCUUUGUGCCGUGGCUGUUGCUACAAAGUGA